AUGACGAGCUCGAAUGCGACUUCUGAUGACCGCAUGCUGUGUGCAUAUCUGCGGAAACCCCCCAGGAAGCGCCGGCGAAGCGACAAGGAACCAUCAGACGGACGGCCAUAUGGCUUGUUAAAACAACGCAGACAGACCUUGCGCGGGACAGAGGCUGCUGAACCCUUGACGCAGACGGCGCUAACCACAGCUGCACUAGAGGAACAUAAUCGCCAAACACACACGGGAACGAAAAGCUCUCCCAGGAUCCAACCACCUAAUCACAGCCCCCCUACACAAUCGUUUCUUGAGAUGAUUCGGGAACGCAGCAUCGAAGGUGGUCCUGAUCUGUCUGAUCUCAGAGGUUAUCCGUUCCCGGAAGGCUUCAUGAUCGAUGCAGGAACAUCCACUUCGGACGCCAUGCUCCCGCGACGGCGUGUAUAUCCGUCACUGGCAAGCGGGGUUAUAAAGGGCACCGAUAGUACGUCGGUCUAUAGUCAGAAUUUCGUGCUGAACCUUAUUGACCACGGUAUCAACCCUAUCGGAACAACGAUGGAAAUACCGAAUAAUUGGAGGGAGAUAAAUAAACGGGUUAUCCGUCGGCGGCCUUCUCUGUCACUUUCAAAGUUUACAAGGGCGGACUUUGAGAGAUUCGUGCAGGCAGAUGUAUUUGCGUCGAAGACGCAGCAUCUGAGGUCAUCGGUAGUUCCGCUGAUUGAAGGUAAUACUGGAGACGCAAGCUGCGUUCGCAGCGGAUGUCCACUUGAGAAUCUUGCUCCUUUAAUAGACGGGACAUCAACAGCCCACCCUGAUGUACUUUAUGGUGCUCACCCUGAGGAUCUUGAUCCGCGAAUUCGCAGGGAUCUCAACGACAAAAUCAUUCCUUUCACCCAGCACGCUCUCCCAGUGCUACCAAAUUUCUUCUUAGAAGUGAAAGGGCCCGGUGGGACCUUGAUAGAUCUGACGCGGCAAGCUUGUUACGACGGUGCACUAGGUGCCCGAGGUAUAAAUUGUCUUCAGUCCUACAAGCGUGCCAGACAAGUCUAUGACAACAAUGCAUAUACCGUCACAGCAAUAUACCACGGUGGUUUGUUGAAGUUAUUCACAACCCACCUGUCUGCUCCGAAAGUCAAAGGUGGCGAAGCUGAGUAUAUCAUGACCCAGCUUAGAGCCUUUUGUAUGACGGAUGAAACCCAAUUUCGGGAAGGAGCAGCUGCAUAUCGAAACGCGCGGGAUUGGGCCAAAGAUAAAAGAGACGAGCUCAUCAGGGCCGCAAACGAACGGCUUAUCGGGUCCCAAUCUGGCAGCGAUUCCGACAGGACUGACUGCUGUGAUGUGAGAAUCAAAGUGUCUAAAGUCUUGAAGAGUUCGAAGACUGGCAAGCCCUUGCCGAACUGA